UUCAUUUCAUUCCCCGCUCUCUCUGUCAAAAGCCCUGAACCUGUCUCGUCACGGAUUUAGGGUCACCAGCAUCAAGCUCGAUCUGCUGUUUUUGGCGGUUAAACCCUAAAUCUGUGAUAUUGAAAGAAGCAUGUUUAGUGAAUGAUUUUGAUUUUGUUUGUGUGUAUUUUUGUAGUUUUAUCUUGCUACUGUACAGAGUACUUAGUUUAUUUCUCCCAUCUUUCAACCUGAUUUUGUUCAGUAAAUUGGGAAUUUUAUCGAUCAGAAAAAAGAACUGUUUGAAAGUGGAUUUUGCUUUCAAUCUGAGUAUGUCUAGUUUGUUUCUACUAAUUUGUACAUUGUAUUCUACGGAGGAUGAUUUCAUUGUCUUGAUUACGAGUGUGUUGAGUGGUUUGGAUGAAUUGAAAUUAAUUUUUAUGAGGUUCUAAGUGAUAUAACUUUCUGUGUUGUCUUUUGUAAGUAUGAAUUCUGUAGUUAAUUGGGUUUUGAAGACUAUGACUACCUGUUUAGAGUUUCCAUUUUGUUUGGCAAGCAAGAUACUAUGUUCCUGAUUAUUCUGCAUGGAAAUGUUUUGUUUGAAUUUGAAUUUUCUUCUAACCAGCGUACGCUGUGUUUUUAGACUAAUUCAAGCAGUAGUAUUAUACUGCAUUGUCAAAUAAAAAAAAAAAAGUAUAUGUUGUUGUCAGUUUGGAUGAAUUCAUUUGAGUUUUGGAGUGAAAUGAGGCUUUAGCUUUCUUGUUACUCUUUGGCAAGCGAGUUCUGUGGUUGACCGUUUGAUGUUUACAUAGUCCUGUAAUGGGGUUCGUCAUGUAAGUAUGGCUUGUUUACAGAAAUCUAUUACUUGGUAUAGUGUUGUGGUAUUCUUGUAGGUGACACAGCAGAGAAGAAUGAGCUCUGACGAAGAUUCAGAAAUUAGUGAGUCUGAUAUCGACGAUUAUGGAGAUAAGGAGUAUGAGUUGAUGAAGAAUGGGAAACACAAAGUCAAAUUCGCAGAGAAUGUCUUUCGGUGUCCAUUUUGUCAAGGGAAGAAGAAACUAGACUACCUCUACAAGGAUAUCAAGCAGUACGCUGUUGGGAUAGCGAGUUCUCAUGGUAAGAGAGCUAAACACAGGGCAAACCACUUGGCAUUGUCCAAAUAUCUGGAGACGGAGCUAGCACCAGUAGUGGUUCAAGCUCACCCUGAAGUUGAGACUGAUCAGAACCGUGAUGAACUUUUUGUUUAUCCUUGGGUGGGUGUUGUCGCUAACCUUCCUACUGAAUUGAAUGAUGGGAAGUAUGCAGGAAAAAGUGGUUCUCAGCUCAGAGAGCAGUUCACUAGGCAAGGGUUUAAUCCUGUGAAGGUGCAACCUCUGUGGAAUAAACAUUGUAGUCAUUCAGGGUAUGCUCUUGUAAUUUUUAACAAAGGCUGGCCUGGGUUUCACAAUGCAAUGUCAUUUGAGAAGUUCUUCGAAGCGGAUCAUCAUGGGAAGAAAGAUUGGUGUGCAAAGAAGCACCGUGGGACUAGUCUUUAUGGCUGGGUGGCACGAGAAGAUGACUUCGAUGGUGAAAGUAUUGUUGCUGAACAGCUGGAAAAAAUUGGGAACCUAAAAACUGCUGCCGAUAUUGUGUCCGAAGAAGAGAGAAAGACAAAUCAACUUGUCUCAAAGUUGGCUAAUGAUAUUGAAGUCAAAAGUAUGAAAAUGAAAGAAAUUGAGUGUAAAUACAAUGAAACCAAUAUAUCUUUGAGUAACUUGGUGAAUCAGAACGAUAAGCUUCAUAAAAAAUACAACAAUGAGCUUUUAAAGAUGCAACAGACCGCAAAGAAUCAUUUCCAGAGGAUUUGCCAAGAGCACAAUAAAGUCAAGUCAGAGUUGGACACUCAGAGGAAAGAGCUCGAGCAUCGUAGAUCAGAACUGGAGAAGUGUGAGGCCCAGAAUGAAACUGAGCGGAACAAAUUAGCCAAGGAAAAGUUACAGAAUGCCACGAAGAAUAGCUCCCUUGUAAUGGCUAGUGUGGAACAAAAGAAGGCGGAUGAAAAUGUAUUUAAGCUAGCAGAAGACCAUAAGAGAGAAAAGGAAAAUCUUCAUAGCAGAAUACUUGCUUUAGAAAAGCAAUUGGAUGCGAAACAAGCAUUGGAGCUGGAGAUUGAGCGGUUGAAGGGGAACUUAAAUGUGCUGAAGCACAUGGAAGGAGAUGAGGACGAGGCAUUCAACAAAAAGAUGGAUGAAAUGUCUAAGAACCUGAAAGAGAAAGAGGGAGAACUGGAAAGUCUUGAAGAUCUCAACCAGGCUCUAGUAGUCAAGGAGCGUAAAAGCAAUGAUGAGCUACAGGAAGCUCGUAAAGAAUUAAUUAGUGGACUGAGAGAAAUGUCCGGCGGUCGUGCUCUAAUUGGGGUCAAGAGGAUGGGAGAGCUUGAUGACAAACCAUUCCAUGAAGCAUGUAAGAGGAAAUAUGGCAGUGAAAGUAAUCAAGCUACACUGAUGUGCUCCGCUUGGGAAGAAUACCUUAGAGAUCCAGAUUGGCACCCUUACAAAAUCAUCAACAUGGGAAAUAGCCAUCAGGAGAUUAUAAACGAAGACGAUGAUAAGUUAAAGGGUCUGAGAAAAGAUUAUGGUGAGGAGGUUUACAGUGCUGUUUCAAGUGCUCUCAUGGAAAUGAACGAGUAUAACCCUAGUGGAAGGUACGUCGUUCCAGAAUUGUGGAACUUCAAGGAGAACAGAAAGGCUACUUUGAAAGAAGUGGUGGCAUUCAUUCUUAAGCAGUGGAAGACCUGUAAGAGGAAGAGGGCUUAAGGUUGAUGGUAUAGUAUAGAACAUUUUAUAAUAAUGGGCAGCGAAAAGAGUUGGCAGUAAGACGAGUUAUUUUUUGGUAUAGCUGAAACAGAUGGACAUAUUGACCUCCUGAAUGACUAUAUUUUGUCAUCCAGGAAUUACAGUUGUGGGUGGUGCACAGAUAUGUGGCAUCAUAGUAGUUUAGCUCUUCACAGCCGCUAGUUACUUGGUAUGGUGGCAGUGAUGCCGCCCACCCACUUUUGUUAGAGAGAAUUAUGCUUGAAACAAACAGAUGGAUGUCUUUGAUACAUGAUAUUGUGUUUCUGGUUGUUUUAACAUUUCAAUUACGCAGCGUGCGACAUGAUUAAUAUUCAUGCUGCUUGCUAGAAUCAACGCAGUUUUUUUGUUGGUAUUUCCUCAUAUUGAUCUUCUUUUCAUUGCAGGCUAGGUUUUUGUUAUUGAUUUAUAGGAAAGAUCUCUUGGUAAGCUUUUUCUUCCAGCACAUGUACCCGAACUAGCUGAAACUAAACUUUUCAUGUACGCCACCAUCUGGACUAUGUAAUGUUCUUGUACUGUAUUCUGUUCUGAUGCCUUCCACUUGGAGCAUUUACUCUAGUCUAUAUCCCAAGU